AACUUUCACACGAUGACUGUUUGUAAAUCAAAUAUUUGUUGUUUCUGCUUUUUCUAUUCUCGUGGCUAAUAGCCUAAUCCUUAUACACGGUCUAUGCUUUCUGCUAGAAGCAGGAUAUCUCGAUGUAUUUCAUUGCUGUCUAGACCUCAUUUUGGGCUUUCAAACAGCCUUCGAAUUGCUUCUUUUUCCAUAUCUGCACCUGCGCUUGCAGCUCGUCGAAAAGAGCGUCAGAAGGGACCCCCAGAGGAACAUGAAGACAAGUGGAAUUAUAAUAGGUCUCCGUUAUUCAAUUCUGCUUUGACGGCCGAAGACCCGUCCACGUUCAAGCUCGUCACCGCCAACGACCUUGGACGAUCCGCUCAUCCUCCACGUAGUGUGAAAAUGCUCGUUCGGGAUUUUAUCGAAGACUCUCUUUAUAACCCUAAUUACGGGUACUUUUCCAAGCAGGCAACCAUAUUUGAUUGGGACGAACGGCCGGUCGAUUUUUCUGUCGUUAGGGAUUCGGUGGAAUUUGACGCGGUCGUAACCAAACGAUAUGCAGCAUACGAAGCGGAGAGGCAGUUGUGGCAUACUCCCACAGAAUUGUUUAAGCCGUGGUACGGAGAAGCCAUUGGCCAAUGCCUCGUCUCUGAAUACUUGCUCAAAUACUUCCCUUACGAGGAUUUCAUCAUUUAUGAAAUUGGAGCAGGAAACGGGACCCUAGCUAUGAACAUCCUCGACUUUCUACAUCGUCAUUAUCCUUCUGUUUACGAUCGGACGCGUUACACUAUCAUUGAGAUUAGUGAGAAUUUGGUACAGAAACAGAGGCAGAAACUCCGUCGGUCGCAUCCAGGUGUUCAGGUCGUACAUCAAAGCAUCUUUCAUUGGGGCACUCGGGAACCUGCUCCGUGCUUUUUCCUAGCUAUGGAGGUUGUCGAUAACUUUGCACACGAUGUUAUUCGCUAUGACCUUGAUACUCUCCAACCGUAUCAAGGCUAUGUAACCAUCGACAGCAAAGGAGAAUUUGACACAAUGUACACCCAGCUAAAUGACCCUCUCAUAUCUUCCUUCCUUGAGCUACGCCAGAAGCUAGGGCAUCCCCUCCCUAUUUCACCCCUGUUCAGAAACUUACCAAUAUUACGACGUCUCUACCGAAAUCUUCCCUUCGCCGCCAACUUAUCCAGAGAAGAAUACAUCCCAACACGUCUUUUGAAUCUUCUCCGAACCCUACGAGAUCACUUUCCUCGCCAUCGCCUUCUCCUGUCAGAUUUUUCUAGCUUAUCGGACACCAUCCCUGGUGUGAACGCACCAGUGGUGCAGACAAGGGUGCAAAAUACUAUGGUAGCUUGUGAAACGAUGCUUGUUCAUCAAGGCGCUUUCGAUAUAUUCUUCCCGACCAAUUUUGAGCGCCUGAGAGAUAUGUAUGAAUAUGUACUCUCUCAACCUUCGACUGACUCUGCACGGAGUUAUCAACCCUACGUUUCUCUGGACCCCAUACCUGAUCGCUCAACACCACUAGCAUCCAGCGUCCAGUCGGUUACCCUCGGUGCGGACUUUUUCUCCUCGCACCAGUCUCCGAGUCUGAACCGCAGGAAUCCCCUCGAUGGAGUCUCGUCGGCAAGCGGGCUCCCCGUUGGAGAGCGGAUGUCCAGCGUUUUCAAACACGCAGAAUUCCUGGAAACUUACGCAGACCUAAGUCGCACGGUUUUGCGAAACGGGGAAAACCCAAUGUUGGAUUUUUAUAAGAAUGUAAAAUUUUUGUUCUGAAAUUGUGCACAAAUGUGGGAUCAGUUUUAGAACUGGAACGCUCUCGCGCGUCAAGUAUCAAGUACGCAGGAUGUAUAAAUAAUAAUGGAAUGCUUCGCCUAGCUCUCGUAUUUCAAGUUUCGUUCCAGGGACUGUCAGAUAUCGUUUUCGAAAAUGAGGCUGUCCGAAGGUCAGAUAUAUAAAGACGCCCAUUUCUUUUCGAAGAGUCCUGCGUCCGUGACAGCAUUAACUUUAUAGAAAGACGUAGUCGAAGCAAGCGUACCGUAUCACUUCGCUGACUUCUUUUGUGCAAUCUUCAACAACCUGCUGGGGUGGAUUCUGCAUAACCAGUAGUCAUCAUUGCGUCCAUCGUACCCUUGUCUAUCGCUACAUCAAAACUAGAAUCGUCGAACUUCAGGUCUCUAACGUCCAUUUCGUGCC